CCCUGUCCUAACCCAACGUCAUUUUUGUGGGUUGGUGCCCGCCCGCGAUAUAUUGUAACGGUUUCUAAAGCCCUGCCCUAAACCCGACCUUACGCUUUUGGGUCGGUGUCAGCUCUUCUCUGUUUUACUUCGAAAUUGCAGAGCGCGGGCGGAUUCCAGCCUCUAGGGUUUUAAAAAGUUUCAGUUACUCUCUCACUCUUUCGUACUCCUCCUGUACGGUGAAUUCAAGUGUAUGCAAUGGCGACACCAGCAACUACAAACGCCACCGAUCAAUCUUCCAACUCUACAAAAAUAGUCGACGCUUCCCUCUGGUGGGAACCUUUUAAUGCCUUUCUUACCGAACUUGAGAGCGCCUCCGGCUCCUCCGACCUCCCCCAGUCUCUGGAGAAGAAGUUGAAAGAUAAUCACGCUUGGUUUCUGGACACCAUCUUGCAAUUCAAGUCGCCAAAUCAGAGAUCAAGGGAAGCACUGGAUUCACCCAGAGUCAAGAUAGGUCCACACGAGUUGAAUGUACAGCCUGAAUUGAAAGAUGCAGCGCUCAAGAUUAGUUCCAUCAUGUGUUUAGAUGAGGUGCAGUCUUAUAUCCUUGUAAAAAGAUCAGUGGAACGAAAUGAUGCAGCAGCUAGUGAUAUACAUCCGGAUAUUCUAAAUUUGGUUGUGCUUGAGUACUACAUUGAAAGGCAAUGCUUGUUGAAGUGCACAAGACAGAUCCUUAUGCAUGCCUUGUACUAUGGCUCCCAAUCAGAAGAAGGUUCUGCUGUAUUAGAGGAGGCACAAAGGCUAAUUUCUGAUGGACUUGAAUGUAAAUUACUUUCCAUCUUCCAGGACCUUCUGUCUUCCAACUACCCCGAGCAGAUGGAUAUUGACCUCUACACUUUGUGGGCUGAGGAGACACUUAUAGAGGACAAUUUAAUUCUCGACAUUCUUUUCCUUGUUUAUUAUGAGUCCUACUGUACUUGUGACGCCAAAUGCUGGAAGAGAUUGUGUACGCUAUACCAGGGUAUUGUCAAUGGGACGUACAACUUCCAGAAACUGGCAAUAUCAACUGAAGCCAUUCGUUCUAUUUAUCAUGCCAAAGUUCAGCUGCUAUUCAUUCUCAUUGAGGCUUUAAACCUGGAAAAUCUCCUCCAAAUGAUCCAUGACAAUACUCCUUUCAGGCAGGGCACAAUAGCCUUUUCAGAUGUGGAUGUUCAGCAAAUAGAUGCCUUGGUUUCUAGUUUCAAUAUUUUCGAGGCCAAAGAAGCAGGUCCUCUGAUCCUGGCAUGGGCAGUAUUUCUUUGUCUAAUUUCUUCCGAGAUAGAUCACAUUGGUUAUGUUCGUCAAGCAUUCCAGGCUUCAUCUUUGGGAUAUUUCCUCGAAAUUCUGCAAAGCGACACACUGAAAGAUUCAGAUGGUCCAGUAGCAGGUUAUCGGAGUGUUUUAAGGACGUUUAUAUCAGCAUUUAUUGCAUCUUAUGAGAUCAGUCUCCAGUUUGGGGAUGAUAAUCUGAAAUUAAUAUUGGAGAUACUAUGCAAAAUCUACAGAGGGGAGGAGUCCCUUUGUAUUCAGUUCUGGGACAGGGACAGUUUCAUUGAUGGUCCUGUCAGGUGCCUUCUUUGCAACUUAGAGGGUGAAUUUCCAUUCCGGACUAUUGAACUUGUCAGCUUGUUGUCGGCCCUUUGUGAAGGUGCAUGGCCAUCAGAAUGUGUAUUUAAUUUCCUUGAUAAGUCUGUUGGGCUAUCAACUCCUCUUGAGAUAAGCAGUGAUUCUGCUGUAGAUGCUGUUGUUCCCGAGAUCAUUGAAACACGUUAUCCCUUGAAAGUUGCUGGUAUUGAAGGCUUGAUAAUUCCUAGCAAGUCUCGGGGUCAAGUGAUGAGAAUGAUUGACAAAAAGUACGCUCUGGUGCGGUGGGAGUACACUGAAUCUGGAGUACUUGUGCUACUUUUGCGCUUAGCUCAACAGCAGUAUGCACAAAACACGGAGGAGCUCAUUGUAAUACUUGAUUUGCUCAGCCGAUUGGUGACUUUCAAUGUGGCUGUUUGUUAUUCUCUUAUGGAUGCUUGGAAUUCAUUCCAUGAUGAAGAAACUGGCAUAGGGAUCCAGGAAAAAUAUGUGCGCAUCGAUGUGGUUGAGAUUAUCUGUGCUUUGGUGAAAAAUCUCCUUCCCAGUGCGAAUGGUGCAGUAAUGAUGUCUAUGGGGGUUACUAUAUUGACGAAAAUGUUGAGAUGCUUGCCAUCUCAUGUAGCUACAAUGGUCUUGAAGGGCAAUAUAUUUGAUGUUGCCUAUAGGACGAACCCUUUUGAUACCGUCCCCAACAGUUUAUCAAGUGGGUCCUGGUUGCUUUCUGGAAGACUUGCCAAAAUGCUUUUGAUUGACUGUGAGCAGAGUGAUUGCUCGCUUACUCUUUCAGUGCUCGACUUCACUAUGAAUCUCCUGGAGACUGGAUUAGAAACUGAUACCAUCCUUGCACUCAUUGUUUUCUCCCUUCGCUAUGUUCUUGUUAAUCAUGAAUUCUGGAAAUAUAAGGUGAAGUAUGCUCGGUGGAAGGUGACACUGAAGGUGCUUGAAGUUAUGAAGAAAUGUAUUUGGUCGAUCUCAAGCUGUCACAAACUGGGGGAAGUAGUUCGUGAUAUAAUGCUUUCAGAUUCUUCCAUCCACUCUGCCCUUUUUCGAAUUGUUUGUACAACUACACCGAGCUUAGAGAAACUUUAUGUGUCUCGCCUUUUCGACAUGCUGGACAUUGAGGGGCUGCAUCAAGCCUUAUCCUCUGGGUUGGAUGUCCUUAUCAGUAUGGUAUAUGCUUUUUCAAAGGAUUCGCCAAGUCUUCCAGUUUUCCAUCAAGCAGUUCUAUCACCAAUGACAAAGCCAAUUCCUGUGAUCAGUGCUGCCAUAUCAUUGAUGUCAUACUUCCGAGAUCCUAAGAUACAAAUUGGUGCAGCAAGGUUGCUGUCUGUGUUAUUUAUAUCCGAUAUUUCACAAUCCUAUACUUACAGCAAUGCGACUCUCUGUUUGGAUGAUAAGCAGCUUGCCAAUUUUCGGAAAUCCAUUUGCAACACUCUCCGCGAGCAGUCACCUUGGAAUGAGGAUCUUAUUCUUGCUACUUUGAAGCUCCUGACGUCAGUUGCACGUAAUCAGCCUGCUUUUCUAACUGCUAUCAUCAUGUCUGAAGAGUAUUUGAAUGCUCAAGUGCAUAAUGUGGACUCCAAGCACCAGCCACAUAAAACUGAGCAUGGAUCAUUGGAUUCCAAGGAAGAAACUCUUUUGCAUGCAAUUCUGCAGUAUAUCAGAAGGUCUGAAGGUUUAUUUGAUAGCCAAAUGAAUAUAUUAUUAUGUUUCUUGAGCUUUCUGAGGGCACUGUGGCAAGGUGCGCCCCAUUUCACAAAAAUUUUGGAGCAGCUAAAAGUUUCAGAUAAGUUCUGGAGACAUUUGACCGAUUCUGUCAGGCUCAUCAGUCAAAUCGAUUUAUCUGGGAAGUUAACUGAAAAGCAGCUUCAGAACGUAGCUUACAAAUAUCGAUACCUAUCAAAUGUUUUGGAUAUACUUGGUUAUGAGAUUUUCCUGCAAAAGAAAUUGAUGCAUGCCGAGGCAGAUUUGAAGCGAGUCUCGAAAUCACCAACUAAUGGGACAGAAGAAGCAGAUAAUUCUCCGUUUGCAAAAGAUGGAGGUGUUGGUAGCCUAAAGGAGAUAAUUUCAACCUGGGGUAAGAGUUCAAUAUUGAGUGACCUCAUAAAGGCAUGUGUUUCUUGGGAAUAUGGUAACAGCAGUCAUCUCCGUGCGAAGGUUGCUUUUGGUUUAUUUUCCGUGCAUGCGAUGGUGAAAUUAAGAAAUGGCGACCUGGGUAGUUUGUCAUUGUCACUAAUUGAAAGGAUUAUUACAUUAUCGCAAAAGUUGUUGAAGUUGCCGGCUUUCUCAGAAUUGUUGACUAGGUACAAAGAGCGUGGUUACAGUGGAGGACAAGAGCUGGAGAAUUUGAUACUAAGCGAUCUGUUUUACCACAUACAAGGAGAGCUUGAAGGUCGUCAGAUUGAUAACAGACCGUUUAAAGAGUUAUUGCAGUUUUUGCUAGAUUCAAGAUUCUUGGACGCUUAUAUACAUAUAAAACAAGAUCAUUUUGCCGACAUCAAUAGUAUCUACCUGUAUGAUACUGUUCGCCUCCGGGCAGACUUGGGGUUAGAAAUGUGGGAGCUGUCAGCGUGGAGAGAAUCUAAAGAAGUUGCAGAAACUAUGCUCCUUUGCUUGGAAGAAGCAAAUUCAAGAAUGUUGCUCUCUCAUUCGAAGCUUUCAGCUUUGAGAGGGCUAAUUACCUUAUUGUAUAUGCACGAAGACAAUGUAUCAGAGAAUGAAGCUUCAAUUGGGCUGAAGAUUUCUGAAAACGUAGUUUCAUCAUGCAUCGACCACAUAUGUCUGUGUCUCCAUGCUACAUUAGAAUCUUUGACUCCUAUUCCUAAUUCUAAUGAAGAUGUGUUUGAUAUCCUCACGGCUCAAGCGGAGCUACUGCUACUCCUUGUUAGAUCUAAAAGUAAUUCUAUUCCUACACCUGCAUGUGUUCUUAUCUUAAAGACCUCAGGAUAUGGUCUCAAAGUAUUACGCAGCUGUAGGCCAUCUGUUGCCAUUGGAACAGCCACGAGGUUUUUGCUUAUGUUGAUCCUCAGUUCAGUUGAGUUGAUUCACAAGGAUUUGCAUUCGGGCACUAGAAUUGCAUCCGUUGAAGGUUCUGCUGAGGUAUCUAAUUCAAGUUUGGGGUUAUUGCCUGUUCUAUGCGACUGCAUUGAGCAUGCAGAUCAUUGUGCCCUGUCUUUGUCUGCUAUCAAUUUGAUACUGAAAGGUUUCUCAACCCCUGCCACUUGGUUCCCCAUUAUAUGGGAACAUCUGCGGUUGCAGCAUAUUAUUCAGAAUUUGCAAGAUGUAACUUUGUCCAAAACUGUUUCAGUAAUAUUGAAAUUUCUUUUGAACCUUGCACGUGUGAGACAAGGCGCUGAGAUGCUUUUAAAUGCUGGGAUCCUUGCGUCGCUAAAAAUGUUAUUGUCUGACUUACCUGACGGCGGGCAUUUUUCUGUGAUCCAAAGUGAGAGAAUUUUCUCCAGCACAUCCGACAAAACAGAAAAGUCUGAACCCAUUUGGGGCCUCAGCUUGGCUGUACUUACAGCAAUUAUUCAGUCAUUGGGCGAUAGUUCUGCUGCUCGUGUUGUGGAUUAUGUGAUGGCUUGCAUAUUGGUUGAGAAAGCCCCUGUAAUUUCGUAUUAUCUCAGUGCACCAGAUUUUCCAACUGACGGGCAUGAAACUAAAAGAGCUCGUGCACUGAAAUCAAAUAUUUCUUUAAGCGAGCUUAAGGAAACACAGAAUACUUUGGCCCUAAUAUGUGUCUUAGCAAGAUAUUGGAAUUCAUGGAAGAAAGUAAUGCAAAAUAUGGAGUCCCAGUUAAGGGAAAAAAGUAUCCAUUUGCUGGCCUUCAUAAGCCGUGCAACUCAGCGCCCUGGAGAAUCACCUAAGAGAGAUGCUCCUCUAUUGUGCCAUCCUCUACUCAAAGACGAAUUUGAGUGGUACAAGAAACAACCAUUUAUUAACAGCAGAAAUGGCUGGUUUGCUCUGGCUGCCCUUGGCUGCAAGUUAAAUCCCAAGUUUGCGUCCUUGUCUUCGAGAACAACAGCUCUUGUUUUGAGAGAUCAGUCAAACGACAAUGCUGAUACAUCUCCGGAGACACAUUUGUCGGACUUGAUUGCAAUUGAGAUAUACAAAAUUGCCUUUCUUCUCUUGAAGUUUUUAUGUAUGCAAGCUGAAAGUGCUGCCAGAAAGGCAGAGGAGGUUGGUUUUGUAGAUGUUGCACAUUUUCCUGAGCUACCAAUGCCUGAUAUCUUACAUGGCAUGCAGGAUCAAGGAAUUGCAAUCAUCACUGAACUGUGUGAAGCCAACAAGAUGAAACAGCUUGCUCCUGAAAUACAGGAGGCGUGCCUCUUGCUGUUACAAAUAACAGUCAUGGCAUUGUACUUAGAGUUUUGUGUCAUACAAAUUUGUGGGAUACGGCCUGUAUUGGGCCAUGUCGAGACAUUCUCCAAGGAAUUUCGGCUGCUUAUUAGAGCAACCAAGGACCAUCUCUUUCUAAAAGAGCCACUGAGAAACUUGAAGCAAAUUGUAUCCUUUGUGUAUCCUGAGUUGAUACAGGCAGAAGGCUUGUUUUGAGGUUGUAGAUGUAUAUGGUUAACCACCCAUUGGUGUAAAAUUAUAGUUUCCUAUGUAGUCGUCCCAUGAGGUUUAUGUGUUGAUGCAUGCACGUUUUCUGCAUGGCACAAAUGCCUCACUCAUGUAAAACAUGUCUAUAAGCCUCUUCCCAAUGGAUACUAGUUUAUUUUCA